AUGUCUGCUUCUGCUCUUCUGAGAAGCCGUGUUAAGCGGCCUUCUUAUCUCAGCAAGCUAGCCAAGGCUGAGGACCUCAUUAGCCACUUCCCUCAUGGCUCUUACAUCGGCUGGUCCGGUUUUACGGGUGUUGGAUAUCCCAAGAAAGUUCCCACGGCUCUCGCAGACCACGUCGAGAAGAACAACCUCGAAGGCCAACUCAAAUAUACACUGUUUGUUGGCGCCUCGUCCGGUGCUGAAACAGAGAACCGAUGGGCACGAUUGAACAUGAUUGAGCGCCGAAGCCCGCACCAGGUCGGCAAGGAGAUUUCCAAGGGUAUCAACACUGGUCAGAUCAAGUUUUUCGAUAAGCACCUGAGCAUGUUCCCUUCGGAUCUUACCUAUGGUUGGUACACAUUGAACAAGCCUAAGAACAAGCUGGAUGUUGCUGUGAUUGAGGCUUCUGCCAUUACGGAAGAAGGUGGCAUCAUCCCUGGUGCUUCCGUUGGUGCCUCGCCUGAGCUCAUCAAGAUGGCCGACAAGGUCAUCAUCGAAGUCAACACUGCCAGUCCUUCAUUCGAGGGUCUGCACGACAUUGCCAUGCCUGAGCUUCCCCCUAACUCGAAGCCAUACCUUGUCAUGGCCCCCGAGGACCGCAUUGGAACCCCUUACAUUCCGGUUGACCCCGAAAAGGUUGUUGCCAUUGUGGAGUCGGACUACCCCGACCAAACCCAGCCCAACUCCCCCGAGGAUGAGGGCUCGCAGGCAAUCGCCACCAACCUGAUUGAGUUCUUGAAGCACGAGGUCAACCACGGCCGUCUGCCCAAGAACCUGCUGCCGAUUCAGUCUGGCAUUGGUAACAUUGCCAACGCUGUCGUUGGAGGUUUGAGCAAGGGUGGUGCCGACUUUACCAACCUCAAGGUGUGGACUGAGGUGCUGCAAGACUCGUUCCUCGACCUCUUCGAUAGUGGUAACUUGGACUUUGCCACGGCUACUUCAAUCCGUUUCUCUCCCGAUGGAUUCAAGCGUUUCUAUGACAACUGGGAGAAGUACGCCGACAAGCUGCUUCUGCGAUCCCAGGCAGUGUCCAACUCUCCCGAGAUUAUCCGUCGCUUGGGAUGCAUUGGCAUGAACACCCCCGUUGAAGUGGACAUCUACGCCCACGCCAACAGUACUUGCGUCAUGGGCUCUCGUAUGCUGAACGGAUUGGGAGGUUCCGCCGAUUUCCUGCGCAGCUCCAAGUACAGUAUCAUGCACACACCUAGUACCCGGCCUAGCAAGACCGACCCUACUGGUGUCAGCUGCAUCGUGCCCUUCUGUACUCACAUUGACCAGACUGAGCACGACCUUGACGUUGUGGUUACAGAACAGGGUCUCGCUGAUGUCCGUGGUCUGUCUCCUCGUGAGCGUGCUCGCGUCAUUAUUAACAAGUGCUCGCACCCCGACUACAAGCCCAUCCUGGAGGACUACCUGGACCGGGCUGAAUUCGAGUGCCUGAAGAAGGGCAUGGGCCACGAGCCUCACCUGCUCUUCCAGGCCUUCAAGAUGCACCAGAGCUUGGCCGAGAAUGGCACCAUGAAGAUCAACAGCUGGGAGUAA